AUGCGCAUAUCCUUUGCACAAUUUCGCGAAAAACGAGGCAUGUCUCAGCCAACCGUCACCCGCUCGUCGUCGAGCGGCCGAGACACGCCUGCAGAUCUGGCACGCAGGUUGGCAGCAACAUUCGCCUGUCCUUCAUUCAGCGCCUUAUUUCUUUUGAACCAGAAAAAGCAACGAGGGGCAGAAACGACAGAUGACAUGGCGCGAUAUCUCCGCCUCACCCCCCCCUCUCCAUCUAUUCAGUGGUAUGUUGAGCCUACUUGUCUCGCCGCGCCUGAGACUGUUUUUCAUUUCCAGACGAAAAGCUAUUUAAACUACAGACUAGAUUGGCGUCGCUUCCGCCGAGCUCGCAUGUGCCGAGACAGACAAGACACGCUCAUACGGAUACACAGCGUUGCGAUUCUGGCUGCUGGCGAAACGAGAUUGAACAGCAAGUGCCGGGCUUGCACGUGUGUCAGUACUGGUUAG